AGCUUAGUUUCAGUUCUAAUCGGUCGCUCAAAGGUGUUGGAUGUUUCGAAACAUGUUGCAAUCGGACUUGUUUUUUGUUUCGCUAGCUAUAUUGCUGGCAUCUCACGAAAUUUCGGGAGAAAUUACUGCCGAAGUGCAGAAUGCAGUUAAUCUGCCCAAAUGUUACAGCUGCGAAGGCAUUAAUUGCUUAAGGACAACCCGCCUGAAUGCCACCGUUAGUUGUUCUGACAAAUUGGAUAUCUGCGUUACCAUUUAUGAGGACUUUGCUGUCAGUGAGCGGGGCUGUUUCUCUGAGAUUUCUUUAGCUGGUCAAGCAAAAUGCGCGGCCAAGGACGAUCAAUGUCAAAAGUGCAGUGGUCAGUUGUGCAAUAACCAAGGACGUCGGGACUUCAAGUGCAUUCAAUGCAUUGGAUCUGACUCAGAAUCCUGCAACAAGGGUGCCACCGCCUCCCUAACCGCCUCCCAAUGUGGCCUUCCCACCUCCGCCAACUCCUAUUGCUAUGUCAAGGUCGUUGGCAAUAAGAAAGAUCAACUGCAAAGGGGUUGUGCUCUCUCUGUGAAGGAACAAAAAUCCUGUCUUGAGGACUCGGAGUGCUCCCUCUGUCUGCCUGAUAACUCCAGUGAUGCAGUGGCCUGCAAUAACUUCGAUUUGGAUUUGAGCGAUAAGUCGGGAGCCGGUCAAGGUCAAAAGUUCAUGAGCUUGGGCGUGGCUUUCUUCGCCCUGCUCUUGCUUAAAUUUCUAAAUUAAUGUUUUAAUAAAUAAACACAAAUACCUUCAGGUAUUACCUACCCACCAAA